UGUUUGUUAGGCGUUUUUACCCAACCUGCAGGUUUCCAGGCGUUCAGUUCUGUCAAAAUCUGCUCCAGUUAAAAAAAAAGCUAGCGUCGCAUGAUUGUAGUAAUGACACAGUGGAUGUACACCGCUGAUGCAACUUUCUGCUUGUCCUCUUUCUUCUUUAACUAGCGGAAGGUGCACUCUACAAUUAUGGAGUUUUGAAAAGCAAAGUGAGAAUUUUGGGGGGAAAGGGGGCCUUUCCCCUCAAAUUUGGUGGUUGGACUGCUGGAUGAGAAGGUCAGAGGGUUGUUGAUACUGUUGCCUUUUGUAAAUUAUUUAAAGAGUACAUAGAGGAAAAACUAUUUUUGCAAACAUUGAAAUGUACGAUUUUGUAUAAAACACAUAGGACGUUUCGUAUUUAUUGAAUUCUUGAUGCCAUUGUAUGCUGCAAGCACCUUAGGUUGUGUUCACUUUGUGGUCGAAAUGGUGGAUUGAAGCAAGUCACACAAAGGCUUUGGGGUCGCUAGGGUGCGGUGGAACCUCAACACAAGCACAAUUCUAGCACUCCAAAACCAUCUCGACCUUUUGUUGUUACAUAUUUUUUUUUUGUCACCUUAUGUACUUUUUUUCUUCUUGGAGGGCAGCUCUGUUACAAAACACAUUUUAACUGAUAUAGUUUUGGGUUAUAUCCCUGCAUUGUGUUGUUUUUGAGUUUCUUUGCAAUUGUGGGUGGUGGGCUGUCAGAGGGACUGUGUAAUAAGAAAGGGAGGAGGGUUCGCUGCGAGGAUUCGGCGGAGGUCAGGAUGAGUCUGGCACUGCCGGACUGCAGCCCCAAAUGCCGCUCACUGCAGCAUGCGGACGAGGUGGUAGCAGCACUGACGGGUGGCUCUGAGGGGCAGCUGCGGGCCUUCUUGACCUCACACUGUCACAAUGCGGCCACCUUGCGGGAUGCCUUUGGUCGCACAGCCCUGCACCUGGCAGCCUCGCUGGGUAAGAAGGCCCUGCUGGAGUGGCUGCUGGAGAGUAAGAGUGCUGAUCUGAUGGUGAAGGAUAAGGAAUCAGGCUGGACCGCUGUGCACCGCAGCGCCUUCUACGGACAGAUCCACUGUCUCAUUUCUCUGGUCAAGCAUGGCGGACUCCUCUCCACUCAGGACAAGGAGGGUCUCUCUGCUCUGGACCUGACAAUGAAGGACCGACCAACACAUGUUGUGUUUAAAAACACUGACCCAACUGAAGUAUACACGUGGGGAAACAAUACCAAUUUCAGUCUUGGGCAUGGUAAUCAGGAGAGCCGACAGCACCCUGAGCUAGUCGAUGUGUUUGCCAGGACUGGAGUUUACAUCAAGCAGGUGGUCCUGUGCAAGUUCCACUCUGUGUUCCUGUCUCAGAAAGGCCAGGUGUUCACCUGUGGGCAUGGACAGGGAGGACGACUUGGUCAUGGAGAUGAACAGACUUAUCUGGUUCCUCGGAUGGUGGAGGGUCUGAUGUCCCACCACUGCUCCCAGGUGGCAGCGGCUAAAGACCACACGGUAGUACUGACAGAGGAAGGCUACGUUUACACUUUUGGCCUCAACACCUUCCACCAGCUAGGUUUGGCUCCUCCUCCAGCCUCUGCACAUGUUCCUAAACAGGUGUUCUCCAAGACGCUGAAAGGGAGGACAGUGAUUGGAGUUGCAGCAGGAAGGUUCCAUACAGUGCUGUGGACCAGGGAGGCUGUCUAUACAAUGGGACUCAAUGGAGGGCAACUGGGUUACCUGCUGGACCCCAACGGGGAGAAAUGUGUGACAGCUCCUCGGCAGGUAUCAGCCCUGCACCACAAGGAUGUUACCAUAGCAAUGGCUGCUGCAAGCGAUGGAGCAACAGUAGUUGUGACUGAGAAGGGGGACGUCUACCUGUUGGCUGACUACCAGUGCAAGAAAAUGGCUUCAAGGCAGCUCAACAUCAAGAAGGUCCUGGUCAGCGGCGGGAGUCUGGACCACCGUGUGGAUCCACAGAUUCUGAAUGAGGGAGGAGGGCAAAAGGUGGCCAUCUUGGCUUUAGAUGAAGCUGGGAGGGUGUUUUGCUGGCGUUCUUCCGGCUGCUCGGUGAGACAGUGCCGGUGGGCAUAUGGGCGUCAGGUUUUCAUGUCGGACAUAGCGCUCAGCAAAAACGGCAUGAUGUUUGUGACUCAGGAGGGGGAGGGCUUCAGUGGAGUGUGGGCCGGAGAAUAUAAGAAGUACGGAGAGAAGAAAGACGUCAGUGUCGAGGUUUGUGGCCACUCAGACGCUGGCACAGUGUACGAGCGUAUUCGUCUGGAGAAACUGCCCUACGUCCACAGAGCUGUGAACAUCACCAUGGACUCUAAAGGUCGAAAUUUUGGAGUGCUCCAGGCCGACCCCAAAACAAGCUUGUAUGAGAUUCCCAGCAUUUCUCCAUCCUCCUUCUCCCAACACUUCCGGAGCCUCUUGGAUGAGGCCGAUGAGAUGGACAGCAUACACGAUGUGACGCUUCAGGCUGGUGAUCGCACCUUCUCGGCCCACAAAUACAUCCUGUCCAUGAGGUCCGAGUUCUUCCGGAAACAGUUCAUGGCCGAGUGCCGCGAGAUCGACGAGGAGCUCGAUAGAGAAGUGAGGAAGAGUGAAGACGCCGUGGGCUGCGAUUUACUCAUUUUGGAGAAGGUCCCACCGGACAUGCUGGAAUAUGCCCUGCACUUCAUCUACACAGACUCCUGUGAGCUGCUGGUGCACGGGGCCCGACCGAGAGCCUCAGUAGCCCUGACAGGACAAAACCAGGAUUCAGAGCAGGAGAGGCUUAUCAGCAGCCUGCAGGACUUGGGCCUCAGAGGUCGCUCAGCCCUCGAGGUGUACCGCUCCCUCCCCCCUGCAACCAAAGGAGAUGGUGACAAGGCCAAGAGCAAGGGCUCCAAGCCUGCUAAGAAGGGGAAAGGAGGCAAAGGUGACAAGGCCGGAGCUAACGAGGGAGGGGCCAAUCCUGUGAAAAACUUACAGGGCAUUGCAAAGAAGCUGGGCAUGGGCAGCCUGUCUGCACGACUGGAUGGAGUCAAAUAUGAAAGUGGAAAGAUCAAUGUUACACACAAAAAAACUGGCAACAAACUCAAAUUCAACCAGAAAAAAUGCUCCUACCUUUGUGAUGUCACGCUGAAAUCUGAAGAUGGUAAAGAGUUUCCAUGUCACAAGAGUGUGCUUUGUGCGAGACUAGAAUACUUCCACAGUAUGCUUGGAAACCCCUGGAUUGAGGCCACAUCCUGUUCUGCACUGGAGAUGCCCACUAGCUCAGAGAUUCUGCAGGUCAUUCUCGAGUAUAUUUACACAGAUGAGUCUCCCACCAUUAAAGAGUCUUUGAAUGUAGAGUUUGUCUGCAACGUUCUGGUUGUAGCUGACCAGCUGCUCGUCACACGCCUGAAGGAGAUGUGUGAGGUCGUCAUCACUGAGAACCUGACUCUGAAGAACGCUGCAGAGCUGCUGGAGUUCGCCACCGUGUACAACGCCGAACAGCUGAAACUCUCCUGCCUCCAGUUCAUUGUGCUCAACAUGGCCGCCCUGCUGGAGUCCAAAGCGCUGGAUAUUCUUAGUGAUGAAGUGCUGGUGGAGCUUUCUGCAGCCUACCGGAGGAUGAUCCCAGCCAUGCAAAAGAGGAUUAUCACCCCGUACCCAGGUGCUCCAGACCUCAGUGUGUAUGAGGAUGAGGAUUUGGACUCGGCGUUCAGCCCCAAACCAGAAGCAGAACUGGAUCACUCCUGCAGGGAAAUACUUUUAAAGAAGGCCAAGAUGAAGGCGAAAAAGAAACCAAGGCGACGCUCUGACAGCUCAGGGGGCUACACUCUCUCUGAUAUCAUCCAAAGCCCUACUGCUGCAGUGGUUUCCCCGUGUCUGGUGAAGUCAGGAAAGGCCAACUCCACCGAGUCCCUGCAGGAGCUGCUCACGUCGGACUCAGAAGGCAGCUGCAUGGGAGUGGGCAGUCCCCGAGACAUGCAGUCACCCGUCUUCCAUGACAGAGCGGAGGAUGAGAAGGCUUUCAGUCAGAGGCUAAAGACCCCACCCAGCACCCCGACCUCCCUGAGGAAUGGCCUCCCAACUCCCCCCAACUCUGCUCCACAAAUCAUCCCCAAACUCCUUCCCAGUCCUGCUCGUCCGCCCCCGGUCAUGGAUCUGAGAACCAUCAUGGACAUGGAAGCCAACUCUCUGCAGCCCCUCGGAGCAACUCCUAAAAGCCCUGGAAGUGUCAGCACCAUCAGCAAGCACUCCCCUGUUCCCACUAAACUGUCCCAGAAGCAGAGGAAGAUGCUGGCCAUGGCCAACAAGGAGGCCAGUGUGGAGUCCACGGCAUCCAAACCUGCCCCCAUAGUCACCCCAUCCAAAAGCAGCAGUGGGAAGGCCUGGGCAACAGCAGUCCAGUCCCCGCCCUCCUCAUGCUCAUUUCGGGCCCUGCUGGAGGAGGAGGAGAACCGCUUGAUCAGAUUGGGGCAAACAGGAGCCCAGAGGAGCCAGAGUGCCCAGGGGUCCCCUGUCAGUGCUACUCCUACUAGUAGAAGGGUCACAUUCAAAUGUGCUGACAGCAGCGAGCCAGAGAGACCCACUGGGCCCUGGGUGCUGGGAGCAGUGGGUAGCCCCCCCCUCUCCUCUCUGGUGACCUUUGCUUCCAUAGUGGAGGAGGAGAAGCAGCAGGAAGCCGCACUGAUCCGCAGUCGAGAGAAGCCGCUGGCCCUCAUCCAGAUUGAAGAGCGGGCCAUCCAAGACCUUCUGUUCCAUUAUAAGGCGCGCGACAACCCCGAUGAACUGAUAGUGGUGGAGAGGUCUUCCCGAGGUCCCAUGGCAGCCCCAACCUGGAAUAAACAUUGAUGUUUGACAGCACAGCCGCUACAUAACAUCAAAGUGAGAACAUCCCCUGCAGUUGUCACUCAGUAUUGUUGGCAGCUUCCCCCGAAAUAUCAUCAGCUUCAUCACAUCCGUGUUGAGAUGUACCUUCAGACUCACUCAACCCUGGUUGGGACGGGUCUGAUGCAAAUCUUGUUUCUGCAGUGUUACUUCAAGUUUUAUUUGAUUGCUGCUCAACAUUUUGUUUGUUUGUUUGUGUGUGUGAGAGUGAAAGAGAGAAUAAAUGUUCAUAAUAACUGAAUGUGGUCCUGAUGAGACGUUUUGGGCUUGGGGUUACUUAUGCAUUUCUAUAUAUUUUUUUUUGUUGGGGUUAUGUAUCGCUUGGCAAACUAAUAAUACAAAAUGUAAACAACCUUCCCAAAUAAAUAUUAUUAGUAAUGUGAAGUUGAAGUUGCCAAAGAAACGAAAAGAAAUGGAGAUGUUCAAACCACUAAAUGGGUCCAAACUCCAUCACCUCGAGGGCUUGUAUGUAUGUGUGUUAAACCAGUGGAAGCUCUCAGUGAUUAAGAAAGUAAUAGUGCCAAUUAUCAACUGUGGCAGAGCAUCAGCUGUACUUGAGAAGUAAAUUGAGCUGUUUACCAAGGCAGUACGUUUAGUUUCUUUUUAUGGUCCUUUUUUUUUUUUCUCCAUUAAAACCUACAUUGCUUUGAUUGGUUGCUUCAGCUGGUUUGCAGUGACAUGCUAAUCUCGCUGGAAUCAGUAAAUGUGUAUUUAAUAUGAAUAAAAUGCAUAUUUGUCAUAUUUAAAAUGCUUUAUUUCCUGCAGUUGAAUGCUCAGUUGGGGUUGAUUGUGUGGAACUGGCUUUCUAGCCUUUUGAAGUAAGUGUUUUAAAGAAGAUGGUGUGCCUUUAUCCAAUAAUGACCACAUACAGCAGCUAGAGGAUCAUUUUUCUUCUUUAUUUUCUUUCUUCAUUAUUUAGUUGUUCUCUUUUUUUGGAGCCAAUGUCAGCUGUGUAGUUACCUCAGUUUUGGACCAUGUAAUCUCAUCUUCAGAUGAUUGUGUGAGUGUGUGUGAGAGAGAGACUUAAGGAUGUGAAGAGAAAAUGGCAUGCAAUAAAAUAUCUCACCUGUGCAAUGA